ACCAUUGAGAAAAGAGGAACCGAGACUGUGAGAAGCAUGGGGACACCAAGGCCACCACCUCCCUUCCUCCGCCGCCAUGGCCACCUCCGGCCACCACGUCCGCCACCCCUCCCUGCGGCCCUUCCCCAAAAGCAAAAGCUUCGCUUCCCCUCGUCCCAAAUCCCUCAUCUACUCCACCUCCCCCUGCUCUUCCCGCGGUUAUCUCGCCCUCCAGAUCCAGUCCUGCGCCGGCGCUGCUGGUGAUGUCCUUCCGAAGAGCCCUCCCAUGGUGGAGCAGCCCGGGGGGAAGAUGGUGGUGGAGCUGGUGGGGGCCUUCAAUGAGCUCACGGAGAGGAUGGGUGGCGCGCUCUCCACUUCCUCUUCCUCUCGUCUCCUCUUCAAGUCUCUGAAGCUCUCCAUCCCACUGCUCCAGGCUCUUCCCUUCGCCCCCGGUGGCCGCCCGCCGCUCUCCCGUGCUCUCUCUGUCGCCUUUCUACUUGCUGAUCUCCAGAUGGAUGCGGAAGUUAUUUCCGCUGGCAUACUGAGAGAAGCCCUAGAGGCAGGAGCUCUAACCAUUCAUGAAGUCAAAAGCCAAAUUGGUGCAAGUACUGCUCAUUUGUUACAUGAGAGCUUGCGGAUAAGGCACGUUCCUUCAAAGGUUGACAUCCUGGAUGAUGAGAAUGCUAGUUUACUGAGGAAGUACUGUUUGAGUUACUAUGACAUUAGGGCAGUGAUUUUAGAGGUUGCUCUUAAACUUGACACAAUGAGGCAUCUUGAUUUCCUUCCAAGAUAUCAGCAGCUGAUAAUGUCCCUUGAGGUUAUGAAGAUAUAUGCCCCUCUUGCCCAUGCUGUUGGAGCUGGUGCCUUAUCACUGGAGCUGGAGGACCUCUCAUUUCGAUAUCUAUUUCCUCAUUCAUAUGUUUAUGUUGAUACAUGGUUGAGAAGCUAUGAAGCAGAAUGCAAGCACUUGAUAGAUGUGUACAAGGAGCAGCUGCUUCAAGCACUAAAGGCUGAUGCCAAGUUGGAGGAGAUUGUGGAUGGUAUCUCAAUCCAAGGUCGAUAUAAAAGCCGUUUUAGCACUAUGAAGAAGCUACUGAAGAAUGGAUCUAAACCAGAGGAAGUAAAUGAUCUUUUGGGUUUGAGGGUUGUCUUAAAUCCUCAACCUGGUGAUGGCAUGCUGGAGAGGGGGCAUAGGGCUUGUUACAGGACACAUGAGGUGAUCCGAACCCUCUGGAAAGAAAUUCCCAACAGGACAAAGGACUACAUUGCCAGACCCAAACCAAAUGGCUACAGAAGUUUACAUGUGGCUGUUGAUCUCAGUGAACAAGGAAAGGUUAGACCAAUGAUGGAGAUACAAAUACGCACCAUGGAAAUGGAUUCAUUGGCAGUUGGUGGAGCUGCAUCCCAUUCAUUGUACAAGGGUGGUCUUACUGAUCCAGAAGAGGCAAAACGGCUGAAGGCAAUUAUGAUGGCUGCAGCUGAACUUGCAGCUGUGCGUCUUAGGGACUUACCUUCUGCAAAUCAGAGAGGGGCUCUAAAGAUCAACCACAGAAACCGAGCGUUUCAUCUACUUGAUAAAAAUGGUGAUGGGAGGAUUAGUAUUGAGGAACUCAGAGAAGUGAUGGAAGAGCUUGGAGCUGAAGGUGAAGAUGCAUGGGAGUUAAUGCAACUUCUGGAUUCAAAUAGUGAUGGUUCUUUGAGCUCUGAAGAGUUUGAUUUGUUUCAGAGACAGGUUGAAUUUAUGAGAAAUUUGGAGGACAAAGAUGAUAACUACAGAACUUUGUUGGGGGAGAAGCUGCAGAUUACUGACAGUACUGGCUUAAUCCACGUUUACCGCAAGGAGUUGGGUGACAAGCUGGCAGUUAGUUGAAGCUAUUGUAAGUGUAUUGAACAGGAAGAAAUUAGGGGGGGAAAUGCUAAAAUGUAGAGUAGUUUUUUUGUACUGUUCUUGUAUACCUGUUGUACUGAGUUCUAUGAAUGGUAAACUUAUUCUAGUGAAAACUGAUUAUCUGCAAUUAGAGUUUAGUGUCAGAAUUGUUUUGAGGUUGUAAGAAAUAACUGCAAAUGCUUCAAUCAAGGCUGUCUAUAACCUUCUCAGAA